AUGGACGAAUCGCUGGAAAGAAAUGCAGAACAACUCACAAUACCGACGCGAUCGUCGUCCUCGCAAAUCCACAUCCAUCACCAUCACCAUUAUCACCGGCGCAACGGCAGUGACGGUGCGCCGCACAUGAAACGCGACGUGAGUACCUCGUCAUUGCAGGCGUAUCGGUCAUUGAAAUCGCUCACACUCAACAACUUGGAUGCCAAGCAACACUUCCUCAUCGCAGUGUGCCGCGACGUGUCGUUGCUGCCACCUUUGCUGGCGUUUGCCAACUCCUUGAAGCGCGCGUGGUCUCUUUCUUACGACACCAACGUGCUUUACACGGUGGACAACACACAGGCGUCCUUGACCACGACGUUCAAGAUGUUGUGGCAGGCAUACCGCAACUCGAAGACGCAGGCGUCUUCUUUCGAGUCUGACUUGCCCUCGCAGUUGAUCACCGCCAGAUCGUCGGAGUACCUGCUGUGCUCGUUGUGGUGCAUGGUAUCCGCGUGUCUGACCUACUCCGUGCUGGACUCGCUCAUGGUGCGCUGGAUUGUCAAAUAUUCAACCAUUGCGGCUAUUCUGCGCAUGUUCUCGAUGUCGCUGCUAUUCAUCACGCUAGAGAUGCUCUUGCUCUCGUCUUUGUCCCCCAAUGGGGACUACUACUUGCAUACCUGGAUCCUAAUAAGCUGCAUGCUCACCGGAGCCUACAUAUGGCAGAGUUUUCUGACCUUAAACCUGAACUACGUCAGCGAAGAGCCGGCUCCACCCUCCACGGAGCCCGAAUCUGCUGCCACCUCCAGCGCCGGGACCAUAACGCCCAACUUCUCGUCAGCGUCACAAGAAGAUCUCCUGGCCAUUCCGCAUCGCAAAAAGAAAAAGUCUUCAAAGUCGCUCCGCUUCACCAAAAAUAGACAGAAUCACCUCUAUAACAUCACCGUUUUCUGUGUCGUCCCCGUCGGAGUUGCCAGUUUUGUCACCAUGAUCGGAUUGCUUCGAAAUUUGGUGAUACAAAGAUUGGACGUCGAACAGCUGGAAAGGAUCCUUCGGGAGGCAUACAGACAGCAGAACUAG